AUGCAUCGAAAUUCCAAUUCAUCCAAAUAUUAUAACAAAGUGUCAGCAGCCAACUUUUCCUUUCUUAACAAAUAUCAGCUUAAUCAAUUCAAUUUAACUUGGUCUCUUUGUAGUUUACCAUUUCAAAUAACAGAUAACAAUAAAAAAUCUCAAUCGACUUCAUUAUAUACAACACGUCGUCCAAAAUCAUAUGAAAUUGAACGUACAAAAGAAAAUUUAAGUCAAAAAGCUGCCAAAUCCCUUCGACAUGAUUUAAAAUCAUUUAAUAAAACGAAUACAAUUCCAAAAGAACGUUUUAGUCAAAAUACUGUUACAGUUCAUUUUAAAGUAUCUCUAAAUGAAUUACUUGACAAAAUGAAAGAUGCUGAACCAUCAUUUGUCAGUGCAAUAUCAGCUCGAAUGGUAACUGUCUCAGAUUAA